CAGCAGCACCCUGAGACACAACAAGCAGCAAGCUACUAGCUAGCCUACUACAGCCUCAUCACUUGUUAGCCUAGCCAUAGUCCACACGACAAACUGAUCGAUGGCGCCCACCAAGAGCCAUGUCCUCCUCGCCGCUCUCCUCACCGUCGUCGCCGCCGUCGGCCAGACGCCUCGCGCUGCGGAGGGGUUCAAUAUUCCUGGUCUUGGCAGCAUGCUGAAUCCCAUUCCCGUCGUCGCCGGUGUAGUGCCGUGCAGCAUCGGGAGCUCCAUCAACCCGGCGCUGGUGCCAGGGUUCCCUAACGCCAACGUGCAGCUGAUGUGCGGCGGCACCGUGGUGGCCAACGCGACGACAAGCAUCACAGGAUCCUUCAUCCUCACCCCGGUAAACGCUACUCUUGGUCUCUUCAGCUCCAUGUUGGGCGGCCAGUGCAAUGUGGUGGUGACCACACCCCUGGUCGCCUGCAACGCGUCCCUGGCCGGCGCCACUGGGACGCUCACCGCGCCUCUACAGCUCCUUGGCUCCGGCACCGGCAUCGCCGGCGGUGGCAGCAGCACAAUCAUCGCGACCAUUGCUGGCCAGCCCUUCACAAUCAUCAACGAAAUGAUCAUUUUCACCACGGGGCUCUCCUCCUUAGCUUAGGUCGAUCGGCUGGUAACAAGAGCUAGCUUCAUCUAUCUGGUGGUGUGUGUUGAUCCGCGACGACAAGGAACUUUAUAUAAAAUACGAAUAAAUCGGCAUCCAGCAAUUCGGAUCUAAUGAUCAAGUUACCAUGCUUUCCUUUCUAGCGACACAUCCCGUGUACUUGUUACUAAGCUAAGCUCAUAUAUGUAAUAUAUGUGUGGGUAUAUAUAAAUGAAGUCUUGCCUGUUGUGGUUAUAUA